CGCAGUCAAUCUUGGGGAGGUGGUUGUGGAGAUUGUACUAGAUUUACUUUGUAUUUACACGAGUUUUCAAAAUGAGGGACAGACUACAGGCGUUAAAAACCACUGUGAGUCUAUAUUCUAGUCCCAAAGAGCCGGAAAUUUUCAAAUAAGUCUGUUUCUUUUAGUUAUUUCAGGCAGAGUGCAAGCGUCUUUCGAUUCAAUUCAUCGAUUUAGCGAUCGUAACAUAUUGGAGAUUUGAUCAAUUUAUACUAUCAACACUGUGUUGUUCACAGGGAAAUGCUGACGAUGAGGAUCCGCAAGAUGACGAUGAGCCUUCGACAAUUGUUAAUGUGGAAAAUACUUUUAUGGAUAAUUUUUUCCAAAACGUAAGUUUUACUCGACUAAUGUCUAAGAUUUAGCUUGCACUUUCAAGGUUUGCUUAGAAGAAUUGUUGGUAUUGCUCUCUCGCUUUAAAUAAUCUUAUUCUUUCUCUUGAAGGUUACUACAGUACGAACGAACAUCGAUAAAAUGGCACAAGAUGUGGAACAAGUCAAAAAAAUGCACAGUGCUAUGCUGUCUGCUGCAGUACAAGAUCAAGGUAUCUAAAAAAAAAACAUGUAGUCAACUUAUCAUUGCUAAUCCACGAACAUGUGUAUAAAUGGGAAGUCAUUCGACUUUUUAUUCAGUAAGAUAACACAACCUAUAUAUAUUGAGAGACCGUGCAAUUCAUGUUAUGUAGAAUAAGAUCAAAUAUUGAGUUUAUCUCAGUACAAUGGCACGUUGAAAGUUGUAACAGGAAGUUUCCUAUUUAUAUGGUAUGUUAUUAAUAGUAUGAUAAUACAGACCGUCAUGUUUGUACUUUAAUCUAUGGUCAGAACUCAAGGGUGUACCUGUACUUAUGAAUAUUCAGAAAAAUGUAGUUUUGUCUACUUUGUAAUUAAUGUAUGCCAUUUGCUAUUCAAUUGAAAAACAUUUGUUUUAACAAGUAUUGUUGGAUUGAACCUUCAUAUGUCCGAGAAAGUUGCUCUCAAAGUAUCAUCUGAUAGUCAAAAGACAGUAUCAUCAAAAUUGCCAUGUUAGCAUUUUAAAACUAUUUUUAGUUCUGUGUACCUUUCUUGAAAAUCUCUGUUGUUGAAACCUGAUGAAAUAUUAGUCAAUUGUUGUUUUUUGGAGCAAAUGCAGAAUAUCCACCACCAGAUUAUGAUGUUUAUUGCACUAUUUUGUUCUGCUUUUAACCCUUUACCCCCUUACAUCAGCAUCAAUAUUCUCUCUACUUCUCUCUAUACAUUUCCUUUGGUAUUGACAAGGAGAAUUUGUUCAACGAUCAAACUUCAUGGGCUGGUGACCAUUUCCUUUACUCUGAUGCUCAUUAUGAAUGAUUCAGCAGUGUAACUGUCAAUAAGGCGAAAUUAGAUUCGUAGGGGCUAAAGGCUCAGGAAUAAGGAUGCAAGAGUAGUUCCUAUUUUUAUGCUGUCAAUCUUUUACACCAUGAGAGUGAUAAAAGUCUAAUUUCUCCCAACAAUAUCACCCCUGAAUUAAACUUGAAGUUGAUGAGAGUAAAGGAAAUGAAAACAAACUCACAAAGCUCUUGAUUGUGAGACAAAUUCCCCUUGUAAGCACCCUAGGAAAUGUACAUAUUAUGGAGAAUAUGUAUAGUGAUGUUGGGGUGUGAUGGGUUAAAAUGAUGUUGGGUAUUGUGAAAAUUACCUAGAUUUUAUUUAACCCUUUUCUCCAAGGAGUGACCAAAAGGGAAUUUUCCUGACAAUUUGAAUGCAAUUUUUAGAAAAAAAAACUCAGCGAUGAGAAGACAAAGAAAAUGUCAAUAGGGGAUGCUAUAGGAUUCAAUAACCAACUCUUGGAGCUAAAAUUACUAGAUAUGUCUGGCAAAUGGUAUUCAGUACUCGGGAGUGAAACAGUUAAAAUUGUAACUCUUUUAACACUAUUUUAUACCAACUUAAUAAAACUUAUUCCAUAUGCAUGUUUAAACUAACAAAUAAUGAAAAAUGAAUUAAAGUUCUAAAAUAUUUUAAACUAAAUAAUUCUGACAGGUUGAGAAAUGUUAAAUGUGAAAAAACCCCUAGCACAUAAUUAAUGGAUUUGUAAACACUAACUUCUCUUUUUAUCUUGCAUUUUAGAGGUAAAAGAGGAACUUGAAAGACUGAUGUUAGAUGUCAAGAAGACUAGUAAUCUAGUGAGAAUGAAAUUGAAAGGUAAAGUUUCAGUUGCACUUCUUUGGUGUUAGGAUUGUGAUUAAGGUGGUGAAGUUGUAAAUAAUCAUUCCUAAAGAGUAUAAGAAUGUGGAUAUUGUCCACCAUAAGACAUUCUCCUCCUCCCCUCAUUUUUACACCUUCCUACCCAGUCUAGGUGACUGUCGGGUGAGAUUUAAGACCACUUGUGUGCGUUUUGAGUCCGUGUAUGAGUAUUUUUGUUUAUUUUUUAAAUUAUUAUUUAUUUCUAUUUUUUUUUCUUUUUUAUCUUGACUAUGUUCCAUUGAUAAUGCCCCACUCAUGAUUUUUAGUUAACCCUUUCUCCCUAUCAUCAGUAUGCAUAUUCUCUAUACCUCUCCUUAGACAUUUCCACAGGUUCUAAUAAGGAGAAUUUGUUCAGCAAUCAACAGCUUCUUCAGUUGGUGAUCAUUUCCUUUAUUCUCAUGACCUUAAUGUUUGAUUUAGGGGAGUUGCUGCAGGGAGAAAUAAGAUGUUAGUCACUCUUAGGGGUGCAAAAGUUAAGGGAGUAAUCUCAUAGUCAUAAGCCCCAUGGUUUCCAAACUAGUUCCCUUGCUAGGAAAAAAUAAUUACAUUUUAGUAAUUUCUGAAUGUUGUAAAUAUUUUCUGGCAAAAUAAAAUCCAUCUAUUGAUCUAUUGCUGUUUCUAUCCAUCAAUGCAACAGAGAUUAGAGCCAUGCUGUUGAGGGAAACAUGAUAACAUACUUUGCCAAGUUAAUAUCAAAAGCAUAACUUCAUUCUUCCUUAUACAUGAACACACAUGUCUCCUCUAUUCCCCUUUGUCACCAGAGGAAGGGCUUGUGCUCAAACAUCACCUUUUCAAAAUUUGUUAAAGUGACCUAACUACAAUUAUCAAAUUACAGUCGAUAACCAACCUAUAGUUACACUUGCCUGCUGACAUAACACAACAUGUUCUUUAGGACUUCUAACCCUUAAGAUUCAAGAUGCACUGAUAGGGUUCAAGUAAAAUUAGUUUAGGAAUGGAGAAUGUGACAUACAAUUGCAAGAAUUUCCUGUACAAUUUUAGAAAUAAGUGUCAUAAGGAAACAAUUAUUAUCAUAAUUAGACAUUUUUUUUUUCCAAAGACUGGUUACUACUUGCAUUAUUUAUCAUCACUCAUUAAGUGUUUUUGUGUUUUGGUUAAGAAAUGGAACAUAGUAUAAACCAGCAAGACCAGGAUGCAGCUUAUAAUAACUAUGCUGAGGCCAGGAUACGAAGAUGCCAGGUUAACAAAUCUCAUUAUAUAUUGAUAUUGUGCUCUGUAUUUAAUAAGUCUUUCCUGAAUUCAUAUUACCUUUAGACCUAUUUGUUAACAGUAAUAAAACAAUAGAGUUUAAGUUCAUGGGGAUAAAUAUUAUUUUGGGCUGGAAUCACUUUAUCCCGAGAUGUUAGGUAAGGGUUAAAAUGACUCUCAGAAGGGUCCAAAACAUAUAUCUAUACCCCAGAAUAUAAACUGCAUUACUGUUAUUAUUACCUUGGAGGGAGCAAAAAAGACUAAAAACUGAAAAAAGUGAGAGCAAAGCAAUCGUAACAAUUCCACAAGUAUUUACAGUUUGAGUAGCUCAAAAUUUCACUGACCUAAAAUAUAUUUUAGAUGGCCAAAUUCUCCACCUUGGCCUAAAAAUGCACCAAAAUACUCACCAAAGUGGUAAUGAUGAGGAGAUUUUAACAUACAGAAUUACAGAGGAGAAAAUGGCAACUCUGGUUGAAAAUUCUUUCAAGUUCUUAUGCUCACUGCUUCAUUUGCAUGACCUUCAUUUGCAUGACCCACAGUUCAAAUCCACUCUACUUAUUGAAGUGAGUAUUUUUUAUUUAUUAUUUUUUUUGUAGCAUUCUACAUUAGCAAGAAAAUUUGUAGAAGUGAUGAGUGACUAUAACACAACCCAGUCUGACUACAGAGAGAAGUGCAAAGCUAGGAUCCAGCGGCAGUUGGAAAUAAGUGAGUCGAUAUGAUAUUACGAGUUAAAAUCUUUUAAUUUGCUAGUAUUACUUGUUGCCGUAGAAUCUUGAAUCCUCAAAGGAAACACAAAAUUGUUCAAGAUGCAAAAUUUUAAUUUUUGCAGAUUUUUUUGUGCAUUUUGCAGGUUGGUCUCAAUCCCUGUAAUGAAGUCUCUUCCCUUGCUUUCAAUUGUUCUGGGCUAUUUAAACAAGACAAGAAUGUCAUUUUACAAUUUUUCUCUUGGAAAGUUUUCCCAGUGAGCCCUGAUUUUGGGUACAAGACCCCAUUUUUCCUGGCAUAGGUUCAGACAUAACGUUAGCUGUUAUGGAAAGCUUUGAGAUUUUGAAGCAUUUACAUGAAAUCUGUUUUAAGUGUAAACUGAUAUCAGUAUUUUUUUAAUCUGAUGAUUAGCUGGUAAAACAAAGACAUACGAGGAAGUGGAGGAAAUGUUGGAAGGUAGAGAUCCAGCGAUUUUUACCUCAGAUGUAAGUUUCAAGAACGCUGAGCUCUUUAAUUGUAUCUUUGUCACAGCAAUUACUGUAAAAUAAAGUUUCCCCAAAAAUGAUUUAUUACAGUCUUUUAUCAAUUUUCAAUUGAGCAUCAGAAUUAAUCAAAACUUUAACCCUUUGAUCCCCAAGAGUGACCAGCAUCUAAUUUCUCCUUACAUUAUCACCCUUGAAUCACGCAUUUAGGCCAAGAGAAUAAAGAAAAUGAUCGUAAUUUUAAGAAUCUCUUGAUUGUUAAACCAAUUCUCCUUGUCAGCACCUUAGGGCAUAUAUGGAAAGCAGUAUGGAGAAUAUGCAUUUUAAUGUAAGGGUUUCAAAGUUUAAGGCUUGGCCACUCACAUUUUCCCAGCACUUUAUGCAAUUGGCUUGUUUUUUCUUAGAGUUCUCAUUGGCCCUUUGUGACAUUUUCCUUUGAAUACUUUCAUUGGUUUUGGUGUCAGGACACUCGACCAAAAUGCUCUCCAAAUGUUACAAUAACUUACAGUCACCAAUAAGCAUUUUUUUCUAUUCUUAUAUAGAUUGUGAUAGAGACUCAACAAGCAAGACAAGCCUUGGGAGAUAUAGAAGCUAGGCACAGAGAUAUUAUCAACUUAGAAAAAAGUAUUCAGGUACUUUAAUCCGUUAAACCCUGAGGGUAACUGGCAACUGAUUUUUCCUUUUGCUAUCACUGAUGAAACAAACAUUAAGAUCAAGAAAAGAAAAAGGUUAAAUGGCUUUGUGAAAAACACCUUUAAACCAGUGACUGUGGAGGCUGAUACACAUAUAUGUAGAUUUGUUGGUUGAUAUCAUCAUCAUCAUCAUUGUUGCACUCAAGAUCAUCAACAUCAUCAGAGUACUUCAUGCAGUAUGAUUAACACUUGUUUGUUUUGAACUUUAUGUUUAUACCACUUAAUUGUGAAGUAAUUAUAUUAUUUGUUUUUCUUUCAAGGAACUUCAUGAAAUGUUUGUUGACAUGGCCAUGUUGGUUGAAAACCAGGUAAGUUGCAAGCUCAACAACAGUUGACAUGAUCAAAUUGUUAAGAAAGGUUAAGUCAGCUUAUGAGCCAGAAGGCUAUUUUGAACACAGUUUUUUUUCUGAUUCAGUGAGAGAAAGCAGCUAGGAGUAUUGCUGGGGUAAUUUAGUAUUAUCAACUGACAUAAAUUGGCCACCGUAAAGAGUUCCAAAGGUGAGGUUUCAAGUGUUAGCCCUUUAUCAGAGUGAAUGGAAGGGCUGCCGAAGAACUGACACUCAAAAUGUCAACUUUGAACUCUUUACGAUGGCCAAUUUACAUUAUCAACUCACUUGAUUAUACUCAAUUACCAUGUUAUACUCUCUAACCAAUGCAGCACCACUGACAGUUUCUUUAGAAAAUUACUCCCUUUAGGAGUAUGGGAUGUCAGUUCAGUACAUGGUUACUUCUAAGCAGGUGUCUUCAACAGUUUGUUGGUACUUGUGUGUGCUUCUGGAAGGAGAAUUGCACUAUGAGAGCAAAGCCUCUUGUUCACAAACACAGUGCAAUAUUAGGCUAGGUCUUCAAUUAAGAUUUUCUUGUUCGUAGCCUUGCAUGCUAACGUUCACACCUUGUUGCAUCAGUGACCAAUCAAGUAUUUAUUGAUGUUAACCCUUUAACUCCCUCGGGUGACCAAGACAGAAUUUCUCAUUACAGUAUCAAUCCAGUAUUAAGUAGACGAGUUUUGAGAAUAAAGAGAGAGAUUAAUCAGGACAUUAUAAGUUGAUCCAAUACCAAAUUCUCCAAUUGUAUGGCAGACAGAAAGAAGAACUGCUUAGUCGAUAAAAUUCAAAUGGGAUCUAGGCAGUGAAAGGGUUAAUAGAGAAAGUGAGUGUGAUUGCUACUAACUCUUUGAUCCCUAAGAGUGAUUAAAAUCCAUUUUCCCCUUGCAAUAUCACCCCUGGAUUACUCAUUAAGGUCAUGAGAGUGAAGAGAAUGAUCACCAAAUUAACAAGCUUAUGAUUGUUAAGCAAAUUCUCCCUGUCAGCCUCUUUUAAAAUGUAUGGAGAACAGUACGGAGAAUAUGCAUACUGGUGUUAGGAUGCAAAGGGUUGUCCUACAGCUUCUUGCUUAAGAUGCACCCUUCCAUUGUAGUGCAUUUAUUUGCCUGUAUCAUGCUUUGAUACCAUUUCCUUGAUAGGGGGAGAUGAUCGACAGAAUUGAGUACAAUGUGGACCAAGCCGUUGACUUUGUUCAAUCAGCCAAAAGUGACACCAAAAAAGCUGUCAAGUAUCAAAGUAAAGCAAGGCGGGUGGGUAUUAUUUCUAGUUUUGCCUUUAGUUUUGUCUCCUACACAGUGAACAUAACAUCAGAUCAGGAGUUGUUAGCAAUCUGGGUAUAGAUUCUCUAGCCUGUCUUCUUCUUUUACCAGAAGCAAGAGUGUCUGAACAAAGUUUUCUUCAAAACACACAGUUUUCCAGCUUCAUCAUUGAAUUUUUUUUUCAGCAUAGAACACAUUUUAUUUCAGUAUCAUAAACCUCAACACCAAAGUCAUUAGAGAGACCAGUCUCAAAAUAAGAAGAGGUCACAUGGAGCAAAUGAGAGUGCUCUGUAAAAACUUGCAAAUCAUGUGAAGCACUGGAAAAUUCAAGCGAUCAAAUAUCAAUGAGUUUAAGCUUUAAAAUAGACUGAUUUAGAGGGUGAUGUGAGUUUUCUAAACCAAUCACAAAGUAAAGGAAAGUAACACCAAUACAAGCCUGACUCACUUUUGACAUCCAGUUGAGAAUUUCUGUAAUCAUUAUUAGUCAAUUGUUCAAUUAUGGCACAUAAUUUUUUGUGGUACAUUAAAGAUAAUCAGCUGUUGGUCUUUAACUCCCAGAAGUGAUUAACAUGUAACUUCUCCCUAUAAUAUUCAUACAUUGUCCAGCAAACAGGUAAUGAGAUUACUAAAACAUAUUAGAUAGAAGUUUAUAUCCUGAUCUAACAUCAAAUUAUUUUAUUUUAUUUACAAGGAAAUGUGUAGCAGCUAGAGGGGAGAAUUAACAAUCUGAUCUUGGGGAAUUAAAGGGUGAAGUCAUUAUGUAUACUAACUGUCAAAUACUUUUGUUUUCCAACAGAAAAAGAUCAUGAUAGUCAUCUGUUUGUUUAUUUUACUGGCGGUAAUCGUUGGUAUAGUACUUAUUUCCAUAUAUACUUAAUAGGUAAGAUUUCAAGCUGGUGUGAUGUGCAGCUAGAGAAUUUUUGCAUUUUCACAAAGCUGCUUAUGAUUUAAAUAAUGGCCGUGACACUUUACACAUGACCUUUAACCCCUGAUUGUCCCAACUUACCCCCUAAUUUCCAUGGCACUCACAAUGGUACACUUAUUCAUUGGUACUCUGAGAGACUGAGUCAUAUGUAAGAAACCCAGCCAUGGAUGGUUAGCUCCAAUCUUGUAAGGUUGUCAUGAUAUUCUAAUCCUGUUUGUCAGCAUGAAAAUGCACAGCUUUUUUUUCUGUCACUCCCUCUCCCACAAAAUACUGGGGCUUGAUCAUUUCCUUUGAUCUUGAUUUACUAACCUUCUCUGCUUUUGUUUCUCUUUUCCAGAUUUCGUAACAUAAUUAUUUGUUUUUAUAUGGUUUAAAUAUCUUCAAUAUGGAUAUGUAAUGAAACAGAUACAUGGGGCUUGAUAAAGCAACAAGUUAAUGGAUGAAUGGAGGGAACCACAGAUUACAUUUUAAAGUUAGAUUGUAAAUAAUUUCAGCUAGUAAGUGUAAUCUGAAGUAAAGGCUUAACACAGCUUGUAAUCAUUGAACAGCCACCUUAAAGCAAAAAACUAAAGUAAACAUUUACAGUAGAAGGGAAAUAGUAUUAUCCCAGAGAGCAAAAUAUUUUUUGUAUUCUCAUUAUUUUUUUUCAUUCCUGGUCUAAUUUUGUCAGAUGCCCUAGAUUUAUUCACAUAUCCCUUUUAUUCCUAUACGCUUAAAUUUUCUUCGUUCGUUGGGUUUGCAGCUGUUCUAAAUUUUCAAAUUUAAAUUAAAUUAUUCUUGUGAUACUAUAGCAUUAAAAUUUCUGAGUCCUAUUAAACUUGUUUGUCAGUGUGUGUGUGUUGUAAACUUAAUUUGAAUUGGUAGGCAAAGAUUUUACUGAGACAUCUGCAUGAAGUGUGAGUGAUGUUCACCAUUCCACCAAGGGUGCUCCAAAGUUCAUUUUGGCACAUUUGCAAAUGCUCCCAGAUUAUCCUGAAGUCUCUCAGAGACAGAAUCAGUCUCCCUGUCUCUUGCAGAGUUUGCUUAAUCUCCCAUAUAAAAGGAAAUUAUGGAAUCUUUUCCUCUGAAGCGAUGAAAUCUAGAAAUAAAUUUUGAGUUUUUUGUUCAAGGAUGGUUUGAUAUUUCUGGAUUUUUAUUGAUUUUGGCUGAAGUGCAUCCAUUUGUUGAGCAACAGUUGAUGGGGAGGGAUGGGAAGGAGUGGUCAAGAAAACAAACCUGGGGUAGGGGGUGGGGAUAUGGAAUAAACACAUGAUUCUUCCAAUAGAACAUCUCGAGAUAUCAACUUUUCAGAGAUUAGCAUCUGUGUUGUGGUUAAAACAGAGGACUGAGGAGAAGGUAGUUUUGUGUAAGAAGAGGUUGGAUCCUUGGGGAAGGAAUCAAUUUAGGACUAAAAUCUCCUUUUUUGAUCGUAAACAACAUCUCUUAAGUCAACCCAAGUAUUUUAAAAUUUAAAAUACUCUUCAACAUGUUUUAGCCUCACCCUUUAGGUGAAUGGUGAACAACAGGAAACACAAGAUUUCAGAAUAUAGAAAACUUACAAUUGAUUUCAAACUUGCACAUUUAUUUACUCUUGAAAUUUUUUUUAUGGAGCUUAACUAUUUAACUCCCAGGAGAGAUUAACAUGUGACUUCUCCCUGUAAUGCCUAAACAUUAUCCUGCAAAGAGGUUAUGGGAAUACUCAAAUUUAUCAGAUAGAAGUUAUCUUGAUCUAACACCAAAUUCUCAUAACUUAUUUACAAGGAAAUGUGCAGCAGUUACAGGGGAGAAUUGGCAAUCAUCUUGGGAGUCAAAGGGUUAAGAUUCUCAGAUUAUCAAUUUAACAUUUCUGUAGCAUUUCUUAACA